GCACAACAACUUACACAGGCUUUCAAGCUGUAAUGACCGAAGAAGAGUCAGAGAAGUUUAAUGGUCUACCUGGAGUUAUCUUUGUACUCCCUGAUUCUUACAUCGAUCCACAAAACAAGGAGUAUGGAGAUGGUGUUGCCUUUUUAUUUGCACCUAUCGUAUUGAUCUGGUUAUUUUCCUUUUUUUCUAUUGGUCUCUACAACACAAUACAUUGGAACCCAAAAGUUGUUUAUGCUUUUUCACCCCAUUAUAUUGUCAAGUUCUUUAAGGAGACUGGUAAAGAUGGUUGGAUUUCUCAUGGUGGGAUUCUUCUUUCUAUAACUGGUUUCUGCUAGUUUAGUCAUGGUGCAUUUGAUUGAGAAAUUAGCUGCUGGUGAUACUGGAAGUUUAUCUGUAUCCAUACUUCAGAAGAUGAGCACCAUGUCUAAAAAAGUUUGUUGCUUCCCUUUUAAGAUUGGUAUAGUUAGUUUAGAUAAAUAGUUCAGGCAUGUUGUCCUAAAUUAAUUGGGAAGUAUUGAGCUCUUUGAGGGCUCAUUUUAACUAAAAUCUUAACUGGAACUUGUUCACUUUCUUUCAGUUUUUCAUAAAUUUUAGGUAGCAUAAUAUCUCUGUUUUUUUUAAUUCCAUUUCCAGCUUAAAAGUCAUCCUGCUUUCUCUGAAUUGUUAGCCCAAUAUUCACAGAGCGGUUAUAGGUAUUAAAUUCAUUUUUGUUGUAAAUCAAAGCAUAUUUAUUCAUGAUACCAUUAUUGAACUUCUGAAAAAGCUUUGGAGCUUAUUUAUUUAAUGGUCAUUAACUACAUGAGGUGUUCCUCUUAUUUAGUAUUUUAAUUUAUAUUAGACUGAGCAUAAACUUCUUAGUUGCAUGAGUGAUCUUUUUGAAAGUUUUUUUAAGUUAUGAUAGGUUUUUACAUUUUGUGGUGUAUAUCUCUGUUUAGAGAUAGAGUUCAUCUCUUAAAUUACCAAAAUACAUGUUUCUCUCAGCACCAUUGAUCUAUUUCUCUUCAUUUUAUUUGUAAAUAUGAUUUUGUUUUUCAGCAUUUGGGUUAGCAUUUAUAACUUGAAUUUCAAAUUGGAAGGUCACUUUUGUUUUAAUACUAUGAAAAUUUCAGGGUCAUGUAUAGUUUCUUAUGUAAA